AUGUGCCGGGACUCGGCUGGUAAAUGGUUCCUAUUCUCUACUGGAGUUGGUAUCCCCAUUCGCACAUCGACCGACAGGAUUAACUGGACCCUGGUCGGUACUGUAUGGUCGCCUGGCCAGGCAACUUGGAUUACCCAUACACAGGCGGAACUGAUAAGGAUAUCUGGGCACCCGAUUGUACAUACAAGAACGGGCAAUUCUACUCGUAACUCUGCCAUCUUCUUCGCCAAGUCCUCUACUGGCCUUCCCGGUUCGUGGUCGCAUCAAGGGCAGGUCCUUGCCACUAGCACUUCUAAUGACUAUAAUGCGAUCGACCCCAACCUGAUUAUUGACGGUAACAACUGGUGGUUGACGUUCGGAUCCUACUGGAGUGGUAUCAAGCUUGUUCAGUUGAGCCCGAGCACUGGGAAGCCUUCUAGCUCUACCGUUUAUUCAAUUGCCAAGCGUACAGCGGGAGGAGGGGCAGUCGAAGCUCCCAUCUUGGCACCUAAGAUGAAUAACUUUCACUAUACAGGAACAUUGAUUCUCUCUACGCACGAUUCUAUCAUUGGCCCUGGUGGACAACACGUUUACAAGGACUCAGAUGCUUGGGUCAUAGACUACCAUUACUACACCAGCACUGGGUCAUUGCUGGGCAUCAAUUUGCUCGACUUCUCGAGUGGAUGGCCUGUUCUCUAUUGA